CAAACUUCAAAGUUUUAAAACAAAUACAGAGGUCUGAAUUUCAUCUCUAUUAAUGGGCAUGGAUCUUUCUCUCAAGCCCGAGAAAGAGAAAGAUGAAGAAAGAUCUACACACAUCUGUGAGAGGGAAGACGAAGAAAAAGAAGAUGCUAGUGAAGAUAAAGAUGAAAAAAUGGUGAAAGAAGACGAAAUUGAAGAUUCUUGUUUACGUUCAAAAACCCGAGAAGAAGAAAAAGAAUGCGAAGAGCUCUUGCAGAUGCAGAUCGAAAUGGAACAUGUGAAAGAAGAGAAUACGAGGUUGAGGAAGCUUGUAGAGCAAACCCUCCAAGAUUAUCGCCAGCUCGAGAUGAAAUUCCCGGUAAUCGAUCAAACCAACAAGAUGGAUCUUGAAACGUUCCUUGGAGCACAAGCCAAGGAUCGGAAAAGAGGAGUGGAAAGAUAUGAUUCCUUGAAUUUGGUAGACGGAGAAUUAGGGCUUUCACUUUCUUUGCAGAAAAAGCAGAAACAAGAUAAAUACUCACAACGUGUCGUAACGUCUUCUCCGGGGAAUAGAAAAGCCAGGGUAUCUGUGAGAGCCAGAUGUGACACACCAACGAUGAAUGAUGGAUGCCAAUGGAGAAAGUACGGUCAAAAAACGGCGAAAGGGAAUCCAUGUCCAAGAGCUUAUUACCGAUGCACCGUGGCUCCAGGAUGUCCCGUUAGGAAACAGGUGCAAAGGUGUUUAGAAGACAUGUCGAUAUUGAUAACAACCUACGAAGGGAAACAUAACCAUCCACUUCCGGUAGGAGCAACAGCAAUGGCUUCCACUGCCUCUGCUUCUCCAUUCUUGCUACUGGAUUCUAGCGACAACCUCUCUCAUCCUUCCUAUUUGCAACAAAAUGGCAGCAACAAUCAAUCAUUAAGAAGCUUGAUCAACUUUGAUGAUUCUUCAUUUAGAGGAGGUGACCAUGUUUCUUCUUCCCAAAACCGACUAAACUGGAUGAUGUAGAUUCUCAACAUCUAUCAUCACUUUCUUUUGUAAGUGAAGUCAACAUCAUGUAUUCCUGUAUUUUCUUGGGUCUUAUU